AUGAAGAUAACGGCUCUACUGAGGCAACUCGCUCGUCUGACUGUAAGUCCCAGCAGCUCUCAGUUCUUUGAAUAUGACUUUGUGUCUCUGAGCUGUGAGGAGGAUGACAGCUCUGCUGGAUGGACUCUGAGGAGAAACACAAGCAAACAACAAAUGACCCAGUGUGGAGUUAAAUGGGGAAGGUAUACAGGUUCUUCUUGUGAGAUUCAAUUCAUCGACCCACUGGACAGUGGAGUUUACUGGUGUGAGUCCAGAGAGGGUCCCAUCAGUAACAUGGUUAACCUGACAGUCACUGGUGGAUCAGUGAUCCUGCAGAGUCCUGUCCUCCCUGUGAUGGAGGGAGAUGACGUCACUCUGCUCUGUAAAACAAAGACCACUCCCUCCAACCUCCCAGCUGCUUUCUAUAAAGAUGGCUCCCUCAUCAGGAAGCAGCCUACAGGUUACAUGACCAUCCAGCAUGUUUCCAGGUCUGAUGAAGGCCUCUACAAGUGUGACAUCAGCGGUCAUGGAGAGUCUCCAUCCAGCUGGAUCACUGUCACAGGUAAGUCCUCAACCACCACCUCACCCAUCACCUACGCCUUGGACACCUCUGAAGACCUAGCAGAGGGCUCAAACCCUCUCCAGCUUGCAUUGACCCUGAUCCGCCAUCUGCUGGUGUUCUGUCCAUACUUCAUCUCCACUAUCCUCAUGGUUUCUUUGUAUCGAGAAAAACCUAAAGAUGAGCAGCCAUUUGAGAAGAAGAGGGAUGACGUUACUACAGAGCAUUACUUCUGA